GGCUAACCAAAGCCCAUAAACGGUUCGCUCAGUCUUCAAUCUCCUCCCAAACAAAUUCCCAUUUUUCUCCUUGUCGCUAGAGGGAGAGAGAGAGCGAAAGGGAAAUCUAGAGAGAGAAAGAUAGUAAAAAAAGAAAAAAAAUUCUUGAGAGAGACAGAGAGAGAGAGGUUUCCCCUUUUUUUCCCAAUUUUUUCUUGUUCGUUUCUGUAUCAUCGAUCGAUCAAUGGUUGAAUCGGAGACUCCAAAACCUCUUCCCUGAGAUUUUUCCUGCCGCCCCCCGCGCCGCCCCGAUUCCUCCUCCCAGCCUCCUCCUCUCUGUGGAUUCGGCCAGCCGGAGCUAUGAUCUCGUGACGCAGCGGAAGUGGAUCUCGUCGGAUGCUCUGAUUCGAUCGGUUCCCUGGUGACAGAGGGCUUCGAUUGUCGGCCGUCCGGUUAUUGGUUGGAUUCGGCUUUCCCCGGAGAGAUGAACGGCGGUGACGAGGUCGUUGCAGCGCAUCCACCGCAGCCUCUGGAGUGGAAAUUCUCUCAAGUCUUCGGUGAACGCACAGCCGGCGAAGAAAUCCAAGAAGUCGAUAUCAUAUCAGCGAUUGAAUUUGAUAAAAGUGGAGACCAUCUCGCUACUGGUGAUAGAGGUGGCCGAGUGGUCCUCUUUGAGAGGACAGAUUCUAAAGAUCAGCUUGGUGGAUCAAGAAGAGAUUUAGAGAGGGUGGACUAUCCAAUUAGUAGACAUCCUGAAUUUCGCUACAAGACAGAGUUUCAGAGCCAUGAGCCUGAGUUUGACUAUCUGAAGAGUUUGGAGAUAGAGGAGAAAAUUAAUAAGAUCAGAUGGUGCCAGACAGCUAAUGGUGCCUUGUUCCUCCUAUCCACAAAUGAUAAAACAAUUAAAUUCUGGAAGGUCCAGGAGAAGAAGAUUAAGAAAAUCUCUCAGAUGAAUGUGGAUCCAUCAAAAGCCCUUAGAAAUGGAAGUCUUGCCAGCUCCAGCAGUUCUAGCAACACAAAACAUCUAGAGAAUGGAGGAUCCCCAGAGAGAUCGUUCAGUUUUCUAUCCAAUGACUUUUCAUUCCCAUCAGGAGGCAUUCCGUCUCUACAUUUACCAGCGGUAGUGACGAGCCAUGAGACUAGUCUGGUAGCAAGAUGCAGAAGGGUGUAUGCGCAUGCUCAUGAUUAUCAUAUUAACUCGAUUUCAAAUAACAGCGAUGGGGAAACCUUUAUUUCCGCCGAUGAUCUCCGCAUAAAUCUUUGGAAUUUGGAAAUUAGCAAUCAAAGUUUCAACAUUGUUGAUGUAAAGCCCGCAAAUAUGGAGGAUUUAACUGAGGUUAUAACAUCAGCUGAAUUUCAUCCUACACAUUGUAAUAUGUUAGCAUAUAGCAGUUCAAAGGGCUGCAUCCGUCUCAUUGAUAUGCGGCAAUCAGCCCUAUGUGAUUCCCAUGCAAAAUUGUUUGAGGAACAAGAACCAGUUGGUUCCAGAUCAUUCUUCACAGAGAUAAUAGCCUCAAUUUCGGACAUUAAAUUCGGGAAAGAUGGAAGACACAUUCUUAGCCGUGACUAUAUGACUCUUAAGUUAUGGGAUAUAAACAUGGAUUCACGCCCUGUUGCAACCUUCCAGGUCCAUGAAUAUUUAAGACCUAGGCUGUGUGAUUUAUAUGAAAACGACUCUAUAUUUGAUAAAUUCGAAUGUUGUCUAAGCGGUGAUGGUUUGCGAGUGGCUACAGGCUCAUAUAGCAAUCUGUUCCGUGUGUUUGGUGUUGCUCCUGGGAGCAAUGAAGCGACAACUUUGGAAGCCAGCAAAAAUCCAAUGAGGAGACAAGUUCAGACUCCUUCGAGGCCAUCCCGAUCUCUGAGCAGUAUUACCCGUGUUGUCAGACGAGGAGCAGAAAGCCCUGUUGUUGAUGCCAACGGGAAUUCAUUCGAUUCUACAACCAAGUUGCUCCACUUGGCGUGGCAUCCAAGCGAGAACUCAAUAGCCUGUGCUGCUGCAAACAGCCUGUACAUGUACUAUGCAUAAAAAGGAGGAUUGCAUAGGGGGAAGAAAUAUUUUUGGUUGAUUUUAAGAAGUUUCACAGGUUGCUAUUGGAGAAGGCUUUUGAUUUUCAUUUCCUGCCCAACCAAUUCAAUUCCAUUCGGGAGGUUAGAUUCAAUCUCAUUCCAAGUACCUCAGAUUUGUAGCACACAUUCCCUGAGAAAUCUCAAGUCAUGGAAGCAGCAGCAGCCACAAGUUCAAGAGUUCAAGGGGAUGCACUUCUUCAUGUGUGUUUUGGCGCAGAUGGUGGUUGGCUCCGCUUUUCUUCUUCUUCUCCAUAAUCAUCUCGUCUCUUAACCCGGAAGUCUCUUGAUUUAUCUUUGUUUUUGCUGUCCUUUCUUCUACAUUUGUUCUUUUCGGGUAUCUUCUCGUGAAAGGAAGGUGCAGAAGGUCCGUAUUUCAAAAAGUUGUCUUUUUGGGUUGAAGCCGGAAAAGGGAAAUGAUGUGAUUGUAGCUCUCCUACAACCAAAAAAAAGAAAAAAGAAAAACAACUGAGGGAUAUGUCUUAUAUUUGCCACUCUUAGGUUUUUCUUGGUUUUUCAAGAUUAAGAUAAGAUGUAGUAUUUACUCGACAACAAAAAAUUCUGGUGGGAAGAAGCUGUUUUGGUACUCUCAGGUGCAUCAAUUUUUUGAUUAAUUCUUUAUAUUUGACAGUUCUUUUUUAUACUGUCAUUGAUUAUUGUAGUUGCUUGAUUUUUAUGGCUAUAACACCAAACCGGCCUAAAUCGUCAUUUAUCCAUUCAUCUUUAUAUA